CGCGCCAUUAGUUCUCAGAAUCCGUCCGUGCCGCUGUAGAGUAGAGGGGGUACAUCUGAAUUGAAUUGGAACAAAAUGGAAGACUCCAUGGAUAUGGAUAGCAUUGCUCCCCUGCGCCCUCAGAAUUUUCUCUUUGGAUGUGAACUUAAAGCAGACAAAAGAGAAUAUUCAUUUAAAGUUGAAGAUGAUGAAAAUGAGCACCAAUUGUCAUUGAGAACGGUUAGUGUGGGUGCAUCUGCUAAAGAUGAGCUGCAUGUUGUUGAGGCUGAAGGAAUAAAUUAUGAAGGGAAAACCAUUAAAAUUACACUUGCCUCAUUGAAGCCAUCUGUGCAACCAACGGUUUCUCUAGGGGGAUUUGAGAUAACACCACCAGUAAUCUUGCGGUUGAAAUCUGGGUCAGGGCCAGUAUAUGUCAGUGGGCAGCAUCUUGUGGCUUUAGAAGAUCUUGAAUCCACAGAUGAUGAAGAUGAGGAACAUGAUGUGCCCAGUCCAAAAAAUGCAAAAAGGACGGCAUCAGAUGCUGCAUCAAAGGUUCCUCGGAAAAAAACACGUCUGGAGGAAGAGGACGAGGCUGAUUCAGACGAGGAUGAUGAUGAUGAUGACGAUGAUGAGGAGGAGGACGACGAAGAUGAGGAUGAAGAGGAUGAAACACCUGUUAAAAAGACUCCAGAGCAGAAAGGAAAGCAGGAUACAAAGCCUCAAACACCAAAGACACCAAAAACGCCUUUGUCUUUUGAUGAAAUAAAAGCAAAGAUGCAAACUUCAUUAGAAAAGGGCACUGUUCUUCCUAAAGUGGAAGUAAAGUUUGCAAACUAUGUGAAGAAUUGCUUUAGGACAGAAAAUCAGAAGGUAAUUCAAGAUCUUUUCAAAUGGAGACAGUCCCUGAAAGACUCAAAAUAAACCUGCCUCUUGUUAUCAAGUUGUUUGUUCUUGUUGUUGGUUUUUUUUUUAACUGUUGGGCCCGGUCUUUGAAAUGUAAGAUUGCAUGCGUUAUUAAAUAAAGUUGUUCUUACAUUAAGUUUAA